AUGAGCGAACACGUAUUCGAGACUCACCCAAAGGCCAGCCCCGAAGCUACCGUCCAGGGACGCAACUAUCGCUUCACCCUUUUCAACGAACGCCUAAUCCGGUUUGAAUGGGCAGAAGAUGGCCAGUUCGAGGACAGAGCAUCGACAUUCGCCAUAAACCGCGAAUUCCCAACCCCCAAAUUCCGAGUCGUCGAUGGCGACGAACUGCAAAUAAUAACCGAUCAUUUCCUCGUCAGCUACACCAAAGAAAAGUUCAGCCCUCAGAGCCUCGUCUUCCACUUCAACGGCAAGAGCAUCAAGUACGGAUCGCCAUGGCGGUUCGGGACACCCACGGAGUUCAAUCUCGGGGGCACGGCCAGAACAUUAGACGGCGUCGAUGGACGCUGUGAUAUGGGGCAGGGCGUUCUCUCGAAAGCAGGGUAUGCAGUGAUUGACGACUCAAAGAGUAUGCUGUUCGACGACUCUGGCUUUGUGGCUCCCAGACGCCCUGGAGAUCGGUUCGACUGUUACCUCUUCUGCUACGGCCGCGACUAUAAAGACGCCAUUAAAGCGUUGUAUGCUGUUUCGGGGAAACAGCCUGCUAUCCCGCGCUAUGUCCUGGGGAACUGGUGGAGCCGGUACUACGCAUACCACCAGGACGAGUACGUGGCGCUGAUGGACAAGUUCCGAGCCCACGAUAUUCCACUCUCUGUUGCUGUUCUGGACAUGGACUGGCAUUAUGUCUCUGACGAGCGCGUCCCUCAUGCCGGCUGGACAGGGUAUACCUGGGAUAAGAACCUGUUCCCUGACCCAGUCAAAUUCAGAGAGGAACUGCACGAGCGAUAUCUCCAGAUAACACUAAACGACCACCCCCACGGUGGAAUCCACGCCCACGAAGACGCAUACGAGGAGAUGGCACGGUUCCUAAACCACGACACCACCAACAAGAACCCCAUUCUCUUCGACCCAGCCAGUCCAAGAUUCAUGCAAGCCUAUUUCCACAUCCUCCAUCGCAGACUCGAGAACCAAGCCUGCGACUUCUGGUGGAUCGACUGGCAACAGGGUCCAUACUCCAAGAUCCCAAACUUCGACCCGCUCUGGCUCCUCAAUCACUUCCAGUAUCUGGACAGCUCACGCGACGGACGCUCCCCUCUGAUAUUCUCGCGGUACGGCGGCCCAGGGAGCCAUCGAUACCCUAUCGGCUUCUCCGGCGACACAGUCGUAACCUGGUCGUCUCUCGCCUUCCAGCCCGAAUUCACAGCCACGGCAUCGAAUAUCGGAUACGGAUGGUGGAGCCACGAUAUCGGCGGGCAUAUCCGCGGGAUUCGCGACGACGAGUUGCUCGCGCGGUGGACGCAGCUAGGCGUUUUCUCACCGGUCAUGAGACUGCAUUCAACAUCUUCACGGUGGAUGUCGAAGGAACCUUGGCUGUAUGGCGACGAGUGCGCAAGGGCAAUGGCCCGCUUUCUACAGUUUAGACACCGCUUGGUGCCAUAUCUAUACACGCAGAGUAUCCUCGGGUCCAACACCGACGAACCCCUAAUCCAGCCGAUGUACUGGUCGUAUCCGAAAAGGAACGAAGCCUACGAAGUCCCGAACCAAUAUUUCCUCGGUCGUGACCUGCUUGUUGCACCGAUCGUCCAGCCGCGCGAUAGACGCACCGGUCUUGCUUCCGUUAGGGCGUGGCUUCCCCCGCAAGGCCGGUUCGUGGAUUUAUUCUCCGGGACGGUUUACGAUGGUGGGAGGGGGGUUACCUUCUACCGGUCUAUCUCGCAGUAUCCUGUUCUCGCACCCGAGGGGGCAAUACUCGCCUUGGACGGUGAAGAUAUUCCACGGAACGGAUGUCUGAACCCUGAUGUGCUCGAGAUUAUAGUCGUCGUCGGGGAAGAUGGCGAAACGACCUUGAUUGAAACGGCAGAGGACAAUUCCUUCAACGGAGGGUCCACCCCGCAGCGCAACCUAGAGCAAAGCAAGGUCCUGAUCAAGUUCCAGCAGCAAAAAGGCGAGCUGGUGAUCUCGGGCAGCGUGCAGCGGCGCUGCAUCGUCCGCUUCCUAGGGCUAGACUCGAUCCCAGCGGAUUUUAACCUCGCGAUUUCCGGCGCCGAAAACGGAGAGAAGGGCGAUAUCUCCAUCUCGAAGUUCGGGAAUUCGGUACCGUGUCUUUCAGUGGAUAUCCCGCAGAUAAAGUCGGGCGUGGAUAUUGUGGUUAAUCUUUGGCAGAAUCCGCAGCUUGCGGUGCAGGAUCAUACCGCUGCUCUUGAGGAGUUGAUUCGGGGGUACCAGAUUGAAUUUGGGAUGAAGGAUCGGCUGUGGAAUGCGAUUGAGGAGGGGAAGGGGCAGCCGUUGAAGAUUGUUUCGUCGUUGCUGUCGUUGGGAUAUGAUGAUGCUGUUGUUGGGCCGCUGGUUGAACUUGUUUCGGCUGAUAGUAGAGCUCCUUAG